UUGGCUGGAAUUUAUUGCUUUAUUACAAUUGUAAAUUUGUACAUUCUCAUCGUCUUCGUUUGCAUGUUCGGUAUUCAUCAAAGUGCUAACAGAUUCCUUCAUACAGUUUCAUUUUUCACUCGUCUAGUCGACCAGUGUUUUUCAGUAACAAAUCCCUCGAAUUCUUUGAAGUUGAUUCAUGCCCAGUUGAUAAAACUUGGUCUCAGUUCCAAUACGUUUCUGGGAAAUCGCUGUAUCGAUCUUUACUUGAAAUCUGGUUCUGCAAUCGAUGCUUUGGAGGCAUUUCACGACCUGCCCGGUAAAAAUAUUGUCUCUUGGAACUUAUACUUGAAAGUGUGUUAUAAAUGUUUUGGUGUCGAAAAAGCACGUCUGGUGUUCGACAGGAUGCCAGAAAGAGAUGUUGUGAGUUGGAACACGAUCAUUUCGGGGUAUAUUUCAAGUGGGUUUCUUGAUAGGGCGUGGGAACUGUUUUUAGAAAUGCGGGAUUCUUGCGUUAGGCCGAGUGAGUUUACGUUUUCAAUGUUGUUAUGCUGUGUAAAGUGUGGUAAUUAUGCUAAGGAAAUACAUGGGUGUAUUGUGAGGUUAGGUGGAGGUUAUUCCAAUUUGGUGGUUGGAAAUUCCUUAAUUGAUGUGUAUGGGAAGCUUGGUCUUGUGGAUUAUUCUCUUGCUGUGUUUUUGAGCAUGGAGAAAGUGGAUGUAGUUUCUUGGAACUCUAUGAUUUCAGGUUGCUGUAAAGCCGGUUAUGAAGAAUUUGCUUUGCAUAAAUUCUGUUUAAUGGGAAGAAGGGGUUUCAAGGUGGAUGAGCAUACCAUAUCCGCGGUGCUCAAUGCUUGUACUAACUUGCGAAAUUUGGAGAAGGGUAAGCAAGUGUUUUGUCUUUGUAUAAAGCUGGGGUUUCUUUCAAACACAGUUGUUUCCAGUGCAGCUAUUGACCUGUUCUCCAAAUGCAAUAGAAUGGAGAAUGCAAUAUCUGUUUUUAAGGAAUCUUAUCUAUUUGAUUCAGCCAUCUGCAAUUCAAUGAUUGCGUGUUACGCGAGCCACAAUUUUGAGGCGAAAGCUCUGGAGCUUUUUGUUUUUUCUUUCAGUGAAAGUAUCAGACCGACUGAAUUCGCACUGAGCUGUGUUCUUUGUUCUGCUGCUGUCUUUGUUUCAGUGGAGCAAGGUAGUCAACUUCAUUCUUUGGUGAUCAAAGCAGGGUUUGAAGCGGACAAUGUUGUGGCCACUUCACUUGUACAUAUGUAUAGUAAAUAUGGGUUAAUUGACUUGGCAUUAAAGGUCUCUGCAGAUAUGGAUUCUUGGGAUUUAAUAUCCUGGAACACUAUGAUACUGGCGUUGACCCAGAAUGGCAAACCAGUGGAAGCCAUUUGCCUCUUUGAAGAACUACUUCAAAGUGGUUUGCGUCCUGAUCGGAUAACAUUUGCUGGCGUUCUUUUAGCUUGCAGUUAUGGUGGGUUUCUUGAGGAAGGCAUGACGAUUUUUUCUUCAAUGCAACAUCAUGGAGUCAACCCAGCAAAUGAACACUAUGCCUCUCUUGCAGACAUAAUGACUCGGGCUGGUAGAAUUGAUUCAGCAAUUGAUUUAUUGCACAAAAUGCAUUGUCAACCUAGUGGUCUUAUGUGGGAAUUCAUACUUCGUGCUUGUGGGGAUUAUUGCGAUCUAAAUCUAAUUGAAAUAGUUGCAGAGAGGAUGAUGGAGUUGGAACCACACUCAUCUCUUCCUUACGUGAUUUUGGCUAACGCCUAUGAACAGAGGGGUAGAUGGGAAAGCCUUGUUCGAACGAGGAAGAAGAUGCAAAAGAUGGGAACACAUGAAGUAGCUGACUGCAGUUUAAUUGGUAUAAAAGGCCAUAGCUUUAGUUUUGAAGCAAACCAAAUGAUUCAUUAUGGUGGGAAGCAUGUGUACUCAGUUUUGGGUUUAUUGAUGGAAGAGAUGUGGGAUGAAAUGAUGCUUAAUUCAGCCAAUCAGGCAUAAGCGACCAGAGAAGCAUAAGGUGACUAAAGUCGCAUGGAAAGCCGAGAUCACACUUUGUUUUUCAGCAUGAUGGUUCUGUAGUUGGUAUCUUCUUGGAAGAUAUUUAGUGCCAACUCAUUGCAAUUAGCAUGAUUGCAGAUUCGGUAUACUAAUGACACUGAAAAGUUUGUUUCACUUCGAAAGUGUUUCAACAGCCUAAUGCAGAACACAAUCAGAUUACUUAAGGGAAACUGUUCGUACUGGGUGUCAAGUUGUCAAAUUCCCAAAUGCGAUCCAUUAUACCUUGAUGUCUCAUAGAUUUCUUUAUUGACAUCAGAUUUGAUGGAUGUAAGUUUCCUAUUUUUUUUUUACCAGGUUUCCUCAUCCACCUAGUCAAUAUCAUCAGUACAAACAAUACAUUUAAACUGAACCUCUGAGAUUCCACCAAAUAUCGACAACUGAACAAAGUUGCUCCCAUGAAACUGCGUGUAGCCUGUUGGCAAGUUCAGCAUAUGGGUUAAGAGUGGACUGACAAGAAGGGUACGAAGCUUAGUAGAAGCAUUAGGAAUCAGGAAUAGAUCGCAAUCAGCAUGGCAGAUAAUGGGGAAACCAUCUAAUAUGUAUGACCAGCUGCCGGCUAAUCUCUGAGCAAGAGAAAUUUCUUGGAUAAACCAUUACAAGACAUCAAAACCUGUUUACACAUUACACAUUUACCUUUGUUGUAUAAGAAAAAUAUGGAGAACGCACGAGGAGGGUAGUAAAAGCUCCUAACAUGUACUUACUUCUCUAUUCUUUUAUAUAUAAUUUGUUUCUGUGCUUAGCUCUUUGUUGACCUAGUUAUCGUCAAACAAGACGAUACUGCAAGACAACCAUUAGCAGACGAGUGUUUGCUUGCAAGAUCAAUCAAAUCUUGUAUUUCUGCAAUU